AUACAGAGAGGGAGGCGCAGCCGCAGCGUAGGGAUUAAUGGCGCGAAGUUCAACGAAUCUUCUUCACGCUUAACUGUAACACACACAUAUACACACACUCAGCUGUGGUGCCUCGGAACUGUCGGCCCCUCCAUUUUCCAUCUCCUUUUUGCCUUUGUUUGGUCUCCAUUUCUCUUUUUAUACGCAUGUAUGCGCAGAUCGUGGUGGAGAGAUAUUGAGAUACACAGAUUGGCCUUUCUCGAUCCGGGUUCUUCAUUGAUUUCAGGUGCAGACCUCGAAUCUCGUCCUCAUUUGCGUUCGUUCGUGGUGCGCAUCGGCUUUGGGCUCCGCAGAUCAAUUCAGGAUAUUUGAAUGGCUACAAGUGUAGCUUCAGGGAGCGGCCAGCUUCAUUUUCAAGAGGCCUUUUUGAGGGGACAUGGUGGCAAACUGGCUUAUACUGUUCGUAAUAUAGCCGUUCCGCUGUGCAUGCAGAAGGAGCUUUCUUGGUGUCAUGGGGUCUCUAAAGUCUUGCAGAUUAACAAAUCUAAUUACUUCCAACCCCAUAUCAAGGGAGAGUGCAAUCUACGCAGAACCGUGAUCAGAUCGUACCUGAGAGAGGGUCAUAAUAAAUAUUUUGAUUUUGCUGUUAUUGGAAGUGGAGUUGCUGGCCUUCGUUAUGCUCUUGAAGUUGCAAAACUUGGAACUGUUGCAGUAAUAACCAAGGCUGAACCACACGAGAGCAACACCAACUAUGCACAGGGUGGUGUGAGUGCUGUGUUAAGCCCAUCAGAUUCAGUGGAGAGUCACAUGCAUGAUACAAUUGUUGCAGGCGCUUAUCUAUGUGAUGAGGAGACUGUCCGAGUAGUGUGUACAGAAGGACCUGAGAGAAUCAGAGAAUUGAUUGCAAUGGGUGCUUCAUUUGAUCAUGGGGAGGAUGGGAAUUUGCACCUGGCAAGGGAGGGAGGACAUUCUCAUCGUAGGAUUGUACAUGCUGCGGAUAUGACUGGUCGGGAGAUAGAGAGGGCUCUCUUAGAAGCAGUGCGGAAAGAUCCUAAUAUCUUUGUGUUUGAGCAUCAGUUUGCUAUAGAUUUGCUGACUUCUCAGGAUGGUUCUGACACUGUUUGCCUUGGCGUUGAUACUUUGAAUACAGAAACACAUGAGGUGGUGAGAUUCAUCUCGAAGGUAACCCUACUUGCAUCAGGAGGAGCAGGACAUAUCUAUCCCAAUACUACCAAUCCUCAGGUCGCAACUGGAGAUGGAAUUGCUAUGGCUCACCGAGCUGAUGCUGUAAUUUCCAAUAUGGAGUUUGUGCAGUUCCACCCGACUGCUUUGGCUGAUGAAGGACUUCCAGCUAAGCCGAAAGAGGCCCGACAAAAUGCCUUUUUGAUAACUGAAGCUGUGAGAGGAGAUGGAGGCAUCCUCUACAACAUGGACAUGGAGAGGUUCAUGCCCAUGUAUGAUGAGAGGGCAGAGCUUGCCCCAAGAGAUGUCGUAGCAAGAAGCAUAGAUGAUCAGCUCAAGAAGCGUAAUGAGAAAUAUGUCCUUCUUGACAUAAGUCACAAGCCCAGAGACAAAAUUCUCUCCCACUUCCCCAACAUAGCAGCAGAGUGUCUCAAGCACGGCUUAGACAUAACCAGACAACCAAUCCCCGUCGUUCCUGCAGCUCAUUACAUGUGUGGUGGAGUCCGUGCUGGGCUCCAAGGGGAAACCAAUGUCAGAGGUCUCUACGUGGCUGGUGAAGUCGCCUGCACUGGCCUGCACGGAGCAAAUCGCCUUGCUAGUAACUCAUUGCUUGAGGCCCUUGUCUUUGCAAGAAGGGCAGUUCAACCUUCAAUAGACCACAUGAAGAGCUCACGAGUUGAUCGUGGAACUUCAUAUUCUUGGGCCCGGCCUAUAAUGCCAAAAUCACUCGGAAAGUCAGUGCUGAACAACAUCUCCCUCAAGACGAGGGAAGUGAGGAGAGAGCUUCAGUCGAUAAUGUGGAAGUACGUGGGAAUUGUCAGAUCAACAACGAGGCUGCAGAAAGCUGAGAUGAGGAUUGGAGAGCUGGAACUGGAAUGGGAGACUUACCUAUUCCAGCAUGGCUGGGAACCUACAAUGGUGGGGCUGGAGGCAUGUGAGAUGAGGAACCUGUUUUGCUGUGCCAAACUCGUUUUAAGUAGCGCUCUAGCACGCCAUGAAAGCCGUGGCCUUCACUACAUGGUCGACUACCCCCAAGUCGAGGAAAGCUUGAGGCUGCCCACUAUCAUCUUCCCAUCUUCACCAGUAAGCAGCUCAUGGAGCUCAAGGCAACUUCACAGGUAAGUAACGAGAUGUAUUAUUAGAAAGAACUCAAAUUUGUCGAUUUUUCCGCCUAAACUUUAGGUGGCCUGCAUUUGUUACAGAAAAACAUAUUGCAAGAUUGGAUUAUACGCAGCAAAUUAAAAUUAUUGUGUAAACAUGAUACGGUCAUUAAUUCUUUUUAUUUAAGUAGCUAUUUUACUUU